AUGGUGGGGAACGAGUGGAUCAAUGGAUACCUGGAGGCGAUCUUGGACAGCGGGGCGGCGACGGUCUCCGAGGACCACCAGCACCACCGGCCGGCGGCGAGCCCGAAGAAGGAGCGCUGCGGCCACCACUUCGACCCGGGCCAUUUCAACCCGACCAAGUACUUCGUGGAGGAGGUGGUCUCCGGCGUCGACGAGCACGACCUCCACCGCACGUGGAUCAAAGUCGUCGCCACCCGCGACUCCCUCGAGCGCUCUGCCCGCCUUGAGAACAUGUGCUGGAGGAUUUGGCACCUCGCCCGCAAGAAGAAACAGAUGGAAUGGGAAGAUUUUCAGAGAAAAGCAAAGCAUAGGUGGGAGCAAGAACAGGGGCGUAAGGAUGCCACAGAAGACUUGCCAGAAGACUUGUCUGAGGGGGAGAAGGGGGACACAAUAGGAGAGAUGGUGCAAUGCGAGACACCAUGGCUAAAACUUCAAAGAAACUUCUCUGAUAAGCUCCAAGUUUGGUCAGAUGAGAACAAGGGGAAGAGACUCUACAUUGUCCUCAUUAGUCUGCAUGGUCUUGUCCGCGGGGAAAACAUGGAGCUCGGCCGUGAUUCAGAUACGGUGAAAUACGUUGUCGAACUCGCUCGUGCACUUUCCAUGAUGCCAGGGGUGUAUAGAGUAGAUCUUUUCACUCGACAAAUAUCAUCCCCUGAAGUAGACUGGAGCUAUGGAGAGCCCACAGAGAUGUUAACAUCAGGCUCAUAUGAAGCAGAUGGAACCGGAGAGAGUGCAGGAGCUUACAUCAUACGCAUACCUUGCGGUCCAAGAAAUAAGUAUCUUCGAAAGGAGCUGCUGUGGCCACACAUUCCAGAGUUUGUUGAUGGAGCUCUAGCUCACAUUCUUAAUAUGUCAACUGUGUUAGGAGAACAGAUUGGUGGGGGGUGUCCUGUUUGGCCUUAUGUGAUCCAUGGGCAUUAUGCUGAUGCUGGAGAUUGUGCUGCUCUUCUUUCUGGUGCUCUGAAUGUUCCCAUGGUCCUUACAGGCCACUCUCUAGGAAGAAAUAAAUUGGAACAGCUUAUCAAGCAAGGGCGCCAGUCUAAGGAGGAUAUAAAUGCUACUUAUAAGAUAAUGAGGCGUAUAGAAGCAGAAGAGCUGUCUUUGGAUGCUGCAGAGCUUGUCAUCACAAGCACAAAACAGGAGAUUGAAGAACAGUGGGGUCUGUAUGAUGGCUUUAAUGUGAAGGUCGAGAAGGUUUUGCGUGCUCGAAAUAGAAAGGGUGUCAAUUGUCAUGGACAUUAUAUGCCGAGGAUGGUGGUCAUUCCUCCCGGUAUGGAUUUCAGCAAUGUCAUAGACCAGGAAGAUACAGCUGAAGCAGAUGGAGAUCAAGUAGAUGGAGAACAAAUGGCAAUGCCUCCCAUAGUUUCUGAUGUGAUGCGCUUUUUUACAAAUCCUCACAAGCCAAUGAUCCUGGCCUUAUCAAGACCUGACCCGAAAAAGAACAUCACCACUCUUGUGAGAGCUUUUGGAGAAUCCCGUCCAUUGAGAGAGCUUGCAAACCUUACGCUGAUAAUGGGAAAUAGAGACAAUAUCGAUGAGAUGUCGUCUGGUAAUGCUAGUGUCCUCACAACAGUUUUGAAGCUGAUUGACAAGUAUGAUCUGUACGGACUUGUGGCCUACCCAAAGCAUCAUAAGCAGUCUGAUGUUCCAGAAAUCUACAGGCUUGCAGCAAAAACAAAGGGAGUCUUCAUAAAUCCAGCUUUGGUUGAGCCAUUUGGUCUUACCUUGAUUGAGGCAGCUGCACAUGGACUCCCAAUGGUUGCUACGAAAAAUGGAGGUCCAGUCGACAUUCAUCAGGCACUGAACAAUGGGCUGCUUGUAGACCCACAUGACCAAAAAGCCAUAGCUGAUGCUUUGCUGAAGCUACUUGCAGAUAAAAACCUGUGGCAUGAAUGCAGGAAAAAUGGAUGGCGAAAUAUUCAUUUAUUCUCAUGGCCUGAGCAUUGCAGGACAUAUCUCACAAGAGUGGCUGCUUGCAGGAUAAGGCACCCACAAUGGCAGAUGGACACUCCAACAGGUAACAUGGCCAUCGAGGAGUCGCUCGGAGACUCACUGAAGGAUGUGCAAGAAUCAUCUCUCAUGCUAUCUAUCGAUGGAGAGAAAUAUUCCAUUAGCAGUUUGCGAGAUAAAGAAACAGAAAAGGGUGACCCUGAGGUACAAGAUCAAGUGAAACACAUUCUAAACAAGAUAAAGAGACAGAUGCCUGAAGCAAAGGGUGCAGACAACAGUGAAAAACAGCCUGAUAACUCGGCGAAUUCAGUUAACAAGUACCCUCUUAUCAGAAAGCGGCAGAAACUCUUUGUGAUAGCUAUUGAUUGCUACAAUGAUCAGGGAGGCCCUGAUAAAAGGGUGCUGGAGGUGAUCCAGGAGAUCUUCAAGGCUGUGAGAUCAGACUCUGAGAUGUCAAAGAACUCAGGAUUUGCUUUCUCAACCGCUAUGUCCAUCUCUGAGACACUAGAAUUAAUGAAAUCAGGGAAUAUCCAGGCUAAAGAUUUUGAUGCUCUGAUCUGCAGCAGUGGAAGUGAAAUGUAUUAUCCAGGCUUUCAGCAGUGUUCAGAAGAGGAUGGCAAGUUCUGUGCAGACCCUGACUUUGCCAAGCAUAUCGAGUACCGAUGGGGUCAUGAAGGUGUGAAAACGACGAUAGAAAAAUUAAUGAACUCUCGGGAUGGUCAAGGUGAUAAUAGAUCAGAGGAUUCAUCAAGAGUAGUUGAAUUGGAUUCGCGAUCAACUAAUGAUCACUGUGUUUCAUUCCUUAUCAAGAAUCCAACAAAGGCUAAGCAUGUGGAUGAUCUGCGGCAAAAACUGAGGAUGCGAGGACUCCGUUGCCAUCUCAUGUAUUGCAGCAACUCAAAAAGGCUGCAGGUUAUUCCUCUUUUAGCAUCUCGGUCUCAGGCACUCAGGUAUCUUUUCGUCCGUUGGGGUCUGAAUAUUGCAAAUAUGUAUGUCAUUGCUGGAGCAAAAGGAGAUACAGAUCAUGAAGAGCUCUUAUCAGGUUCCCACAAGACUGUGAUCAUGAAAGGCAUUGUGGAAAAAGGUUCGGAGGAACUUCUCAGAACAGCAGGGAAUUACCAGAGAGAAGACACUGUCCCUGGGGAGAGCCCCCUCAUUGUCUAUACCAGCAAUGGAAUAAAAUCAGAGGAGAUCAUGAAGGCACUUAAAGAAGCAUCCAAGGCUUCUGGAAUGUGAUUGACCAUGACAUGAGUAUUCUCUGAAGUAUAUGUGUUGUUUUCUUCGUUCUCCUUGAUUUGUGUAUUUCUCAGUCGCAAACGAGAGAAUGUAGGUACUAGGUAGCCUUGAGACAUUAUCAGAUCUUAUUGUCUUGAUGGAAUGCAAGGUAAUACAGCAUCAUUUUCU